UGUUAAAUGCAAAAGAAGAGCUACUUUGUUGUCUACUAGACAACACUAUGAGCAAAAACAGAACACAUUGCAAAAGCAUUCAAAGGGAAAAACCAAUUAUACUUCAUUUUCAUGUUGUGAGGCACUUUAUUUUACCAAUGAUUUUCCUUCUGAAGUGGAUAUUGGAAGAAUGAAUAUCAAAUGUCAUCAUUGUAGAGCAUUACAUUUUCAAGGAGAAUGA